UCCCCUUGUUCCACGACGGAGUUGAUGCUAGCUGGCUGGUUACGACUCGGACCGAGACUUGGUGUGUUGCAAUCUGCUCUCGGCCUUGUUCUCUCGUUGAUAUAUUUAUUGUUUUCCCUCCAACUCUCCCCCGUUGGCGAGGGGGCCUCGAAGAUAUGGGAAAGAUGACGGCGGCGUGGAUCCGGGGAUGGGGUGAGAGGCCAAAUGGCGGUGGGAAAGGACCAGGUGGCAGCCAUGGUUGAUGCCCGGCUCUGGCCCACUGGGACCCAACGUCUCCUCUCUCUGCCGUCUUGUCUUGGGCCUCGCUCCUUCUUUGUCCUUAUCUUGGGUUUCCUUGUUUCCCCCCUUCCCCUCUUCCCUUUCCACCUUGUUUCCAUCCAUCAUACACAAACACCAUCCGGGCCUACUUCCGCCCCGUACAUUAAGAGAUCUCCGAAUGUCCAGCACAGCCAGCAAGAAAAAGAAAAAAAUCCCCCAGACAAAAGAAAGAAAAAAAAAUACCCAAUGAAAUCAACUUUCACCAUCGAACAACCAAGUGGCCUGUCCUGUCUCUGUGCAUAUAUAUCCCACCCCCCGUGUACCCUUCCCGAUUUGACGUUUGAUACCCCCCAUUCCCCUGACCAUCGCCUGUGCCAACACCUCCCCUCUGACCGGUUAUUCAUUCUUUGAAACAUGAUCAUGACGUUGAUCCUGGCGCUCAUCGAGGUCGCCCUCCCGAGGAAGCGACCGAGCAUCGAUGUGGCAGCCGUCACUCGCCGAGUGACCUGCGAUGUAUGUUGGAGAACCAUAGUCGCUUAUUAGCAGUGAAUGCAAGAAUUGAACUCCA